GCCCGGAGCAGAGCUGCGUCGCGCGCGGCAUCAUGGGAGCGAGUGCGCGGUGGGCGGGGCUUGCGGCGCUGCUGCUGGCCGCGGCUGGCGCGCAUGCGCAGGACGGCGAGUCCAUCGCCACCAGCUUCCUGUCCGGACUGCUGGACACCAUCACCACGACGGCGGAGAGCCGCGACUGCCCCGGGGUGUGCGUGCACACCCUGGCCACGCUCAUCUGCUACCAGGUGCUGGAGGACGUGCGCUGCCCCUCCGCCUCCAUGCGCUGCUGCGUGGAGUCGCCGCCGCCCAACGGCACGGUGGCGCCCGCCUCCAGCACCGCCGCCCCCGCCAGCCCGCCCCCCAGGCGGCCCCAGUCUCCAGACCCGGAGCCCACGCCUGACACAGACACUGUGAAGGCGUGCCCGGGCGUGUGCGUGGCAGAGCGCAUCGCCGACUACUGCGAGGCCGUGCUGAACGUGCCCGACCUGUGCAAGGCCGGACUGCGCUGCUGCGUGUCACGUGACGUGUACGGCGACUCCGAGACCCCCAACCUCAUCGUCAUGAACCGCAACUCCACCGCCGGCUCCGUCAUCACCCCGCCCCCCGCCACCACCGCCUCGACCGCGGCCGUACCCGGCGCCUCCACCAAAACCACCACCAGCACCGCGCGACCGCGCCCGCCCGCCCCGCUGCGGCCUUGCAAGGGCGAGUGCGUCACGGGGCUGUUCGCGCUCUUCUGCGACGACAUCGACGCGGAGGCGUCGUGCCCCGACGACGGCAGCUGCUGCAUCACGAGCCCGGCCACGCCCGCCCCGGCGACCACCACCACGACGACGACCACCCGCCGGCCGACGGCUCCCCCGCUGCCGCGCUGCCCCGGCUUCUGCCUGCUCAACAUCAUGGCGGCCUUCUGCGAGCGGCCCUCGGUGCUGAUCCCGUACACGUCGAGCUGCCAGCGCGGGUCGGUGUGCUGCGACAACACGCGCAGCGCCGGAGCCGGGGCGUCCCACCACGCCGUGACGCCGUCCAGGCCGCGGCCCGGGAGCAGGCCCCCGGCGACCACCACCUCCACGACGACCACCACCCAAGCCCCGCGCGAUCCCCGGCCUGACUGCCCCGGCUCCUGCAUCGUCACCUACCUGUCCUUCACGUGUUUCCGGAACGCCGAGAUGAGCGACCUGUUCCAGUGCAAGAAGUCGGGCACGCAGUGCUGCGCCCCCAAGUCCACCAUCCGCGAGCACCUGGACCAGAAGAGCGGCUCCGCCUCGCAGCGGAACGACACCGCCCCUGCGCCGUACAGACCGGCCGGCGUGCUCCACCAACCCCAACACCAGCCUCUCUCGCGGCCCUCCCCAGGCUCGGUGGCGGAGGUCGUCAGCUCGACCACGCCUCGCCCGCACGUGUACAGCAAGUACGUGUGCGGCGUGAAGGGCACGGCACGUGGCGGCCGCGUGGUGGGGGGAGAAGACGGCGACCCGGCGGAGUGGUGCUGGCAGGUGGCGCUCAUCAACUCGCUCAACCAGUACCUGUGCGGCGGCGCGCUCAUCGGCACGCAGUGGGUGCUCACCGCGGCCCACUGCGUCACCAACAUAGUGCGGUCGGGCGACGCGAUCUACGUGCGCGUGGGUGAUCACGACCUCACCCGCAAGUACGGCAGCCCUGGGGCGCAGACGCUGCGGGUGGCCACCACCUACAUACACCACAACCACAACAGCCAGACCCUGGACAACGACAUCGCGCUGCUGAAGCUGCACGGACAGGCCGAGCUGAAGGAUGGCGUGUGCCUGGUGUGUCUGCCGGCGCGCGGAGUCAGCCAGGUGGCGGGCAAGCGCUGCACCGUCACUGGCUACGGCUACAUGGGCGAAGCUGGUCCGAUCCCGCUUCGCGUGCGGGAGGCUGAGAUCCCGAUCGUGAGCGACGCGGAGUGCAUCAGGAAGAUCAACGCCGUCACGGAGAAGAUAUUCAUCCUGCCCGCGAGCAGUUUCUGCGCGGGGGGAGAGGAGGGGAACGACGCGUGUCAGGGCGACGGCGGCGGCCCACUGGUCUGCCAGGACGACGGCUUCUACGAGCUGGCGGGGCUCGUGUCGUGGGGCUUCGGCUGCGGCCGCGUGGACGUGCCCGGCGUCUACGUGAAGGUGUCCUCCUUCAUCGGCUGGAUCAACCAGAUCAUCAGCGUGAACAACCUGUAGCCGCGCCCCUCGCCCGACUUGCCGCGAGUUCUUGUGCUGGACCGCUGCCCGUUGCCCCGUGGCUGGACCUGGCGUCGGCUGGCACCGAGACUUACCGUGUUUAUGUUAUCCAUCACAACAGGCUGGCUACCUUUCAGAUCACUAUACUUCUCUUUCCACUUCAUUUCUAAAUAUUUUAAAAGAAUAAAAUCAAGAAAGGUUUAAGAUUUUUGGAUUUAGCCUAUGUAUUGGAAUAAUUGGACAAAAUAUUCAUUAAAAAUGUUUUAUGAUUAUUUUUGGAACCCAAAUGAUUGUGGGUGUAAUUUAUAAGCCUUAAUAUACUUCAAAUAUAUUUUACAGCAGAUUAUAAUGUUUUCUUUAUUAUAUUGUAUCUACUUAUUUUAAAUUACGCAGUGUUUAGCUAAGAAGAAAAAAAAUUAAUUUAAUUUAUUUCUCUUAAGCCACUUUUGUUUAAUUCAAAAAUAAAAUAUUGAACUGAAAGGUACCUUACAAACUUCGUUCUUUGAACGAUGUCAUUACCAAAAAAAAAAGUACAUUCAUGUAAGUGAGUGCAUCUUCUGAAACCAAAUAACACCGCAUACAGUUAUAAGUAAAUUUUUACACGAUUGAGCGUAUGUUUCAAAUUCAAUUUUUGAGCUCGCAUUUUAGUGAAAGCUAGUCCCACUUGUACUAACAACAUGACUCUCGUGCAAGCAGUUGUAAAGGUUUUUGUACAUUAAUCAUAAAUUAACAUAGGAAAUAGGUAGCCAAGUAAGGGUUUAUACAUACGUAAUUAACGAGGCUGUUAAGAAGAUGUAGAGUUGCUAGUUCCGUGCCAUGGGCAGUCUUGGCACGAUUGGAAGACCGUAGGAAUUAUAGAAGUUAAGAUAAGAGGUAAUCUUGGCUACUCUAGACUUUGAAAUAUCAUGUUCCGGUGCCCCAUAGCAAAUCUAGAGUUUUGACUGUUGGUCAUGGACAAAAGCCCGCCCUUGUGCAGUUCCAAGUGUCUUGUCCACGUGAUACUGGUUGUUCGUGGUCAGAUGUGCCAGCAGCAAGCUGGCCACCGUGUCAAACAUAAAUCGUUGAUUGUACUCAAAAUAAAAAAUAAUAUUACACUGUAAAUAAUAGUACUUAACAAAAAUUAGGACGCAACCAAUAACGACAUUCAUUCUUAAGUACUCAAUAUUCGUAAAACCACACUGACCGUCUGAAAAAAAAAGUCUUCAAGCAUGUUCGUCGAGCUGCGCGCAUUAGGUCGUGACCUCGGUCUUUCUGCGUUAUCUUGCAGGGAAGGAAACAUACUUCCGACCCGUCUAUGACGACGAGAAACUUACCUUUCUUCCCUUAAUUGAAGAUCUCGGCCGGAAAUAUUAUUUCUCGUUCUCGAGAAAUAAACACAUCUGCCGAAGUUCUCGCGCAAAUGAUGCUCGCAGGACAACUCGUCACCGCAUAUUGUGUCAUCCCUUGCCGCAUGCUCUAUGGGAUACUGAUGUUUAUUAUGUGUUUGUUUCUCAAAUCCUGAGAUUUCUUCUACACAAAUCAAAGUUCUGCAUGGUGCAUCGCUACAUUUUUCUAAUGACACCAUACUCGUAUUGUAAAAAAUGCUCAAUAAACACAAAAAUAAAAUAAGUUCAAAAACAUUCACUUAGAUUAAAAACAGAUUAUUGGACUUUGGUACUCAAACCAACAAAUAAAACAUGGUUGAAAUUUAUAUUUUAAAACUUAUUUUCACUACACUUUGUUUUAACUGAACAAAACGCAACUUAAACCUUUUUAUGAAAUAAAUAAAAAAUAAUGAAUAAAUGUUUUUUCCUACAACAUUUAUUAUAUUAAUCGUUUAUUUUUAAAUACAAAAGAGUAACAUAUUAGUAGAGAUACUUUUUAAUGACGUCAGAGUUGUCGUUGAAACAACAGUGUAACACAACUUGUUAUUCAUUACAGAAUUGGGGCAGGUGGGAAAGAAUUGAAAUCAGUGUUUAAGAUAUAUUUCAUUGUAACAUGUGUAGGAUAUUUCAAAAACCACCGUAUCUCCUACUUAAUAAGUCAUUCAAAAUAUUAACUUUUUAUUUCUCUCUGUAUCUUUGUAGACCCAAUUUCAAUGUGUUAAUUAUCAGUUUAUUUCUAUUUAACUAUCAAUUUAUUCUGCAGAAACGAGCUAUAAAAUGUUUAAUAUUUAACUAAAUGUAAUUUUCAUUACUUUUUUUCAUCAUUCGUUAUCAAACAACGAACUAAGAAACUCCAUCUGUAUUGUCAUAAACCCCUGAAAAAAUGUAAAUACAACAUUAGUCUUAAUUACCUUUAGUUCGGCUCAAGUAUGUGCAGUGCAAAUGUGUGUAUAUGUCUACUAAAGUGCAAUGUUUUCUUUUUUUUAAAUGUGUACGUCUGCA